AUGUCUGUCGUCUCGCUCCUGGGGGUUAAAGUCCUCAAUAACCCUGCCCACUUCUCCUCCUCCUACCAAUUCGAGAUUACUUUCGAGUGUCUCGAGCAGCUCCAAAAAGAUCUGGAGUGGAAACUCACGUACGUUGGUUCCGCCACCUCCUCCGAGCAAGAUCAGGAACUCGACUCGCUGCUCGUCGGUCCCAUCCCGGUCGGAGUGAACAAGUUCAUUUUCGAGGCCGAUGCGCCCGAUUACAAGCGGAUCCCCGAUUCUGAGGUCCUCGGCGUCACCGUCAUUCUGCUCACCUGCAGCUAUGACGGUCGUGAAUUCGUCCGUGUGGGCUACUACGUGAACAACGAGUACGACUCGGAAGAACUGGCCGCCGACCCCCCUGCGAAGCCCCAGAUCGAGCACAUCCGCCGCAAUGUCCUCGCUGAGAAGCCUCGUGUGACUCGCUUCGCCAUCAAGUGGGAUUCUGAGGAGUCUGCACCCGCCGACAACGCCUACGGUGCCGAGGAGCGUGAACUCGAGGCCGCGCUCGUCAAGGAACUGGAGGAGGCCAACAAGGGCGAGAACGAGGGUGAUGACCACGAAAUGGAGGGCGGUGGUGAGGUUACCGCUGGUAAUGAGGGCGAGGAAGAGGAAAUCUCCGACGGCGAGAGUGAGGAUCUUGAGGAAGAAAGUGACGAUGAUGACGAUGAAUUGGAUGAGGAUGAGGCCGGUGAGGGCGAUGAAGACGUGGAGAUGGGCGACGACAAGCCCUCCCACCAGCCCCAACCGGAGGUUAUGGUGCACUAA